AUGGAUUUUCUCAAUCUCCUCUUAAUUCUUCUCACCAUUAGUUCAUGCAUCUUCCUCACAUCCGCCGUACUUGGCCGGAAGUCUCUUCCGCCAGGUCCCCGCCCUAUACCUAUCAUCGGAAACCUCCUUCAGCUAGGCAGUAACCCCCACUGUGCUCUCGCUAAUCUCUCAAAAACCUUCGGACCUCUCAUGGCACUUAAGCUCGGCUGUAUGACCACAAUGGUCGUCUCCUCUCCAAAUAUAGCCAGAGAAGUACUGCAAAAACACGACCAAGCAUUAUCUAGCAGAACUGUUCCCGACUCAGUUUGUGUAAAUAAUUACACCAACGUUUCAAUGGUGUGGCAGCCCGCUUCGGUCCAUUGGAGAAUCCUUAGAAAAGUGAGCGCCAUACAUAUAUUCUCGUCGCAAAAGCUUGACGCUAGUCAAGAUCUUCGUCGUAAAAAAGUGCAGGAGUUACUAUGUUAUGUGCAAGAAACCUGCGAAAAAAAUGAAGUCAUUGAUAUAGGUCAAGCUGUGUUCACUACUGAUGGUUCUGCGAAUGAUAGGAUCUUCUCUUAUCAACCUGAGAUCACGAACACAGGUUAG